AUGUCAGUGACAGAGGAGAAUAUCUGUGCAAGAUUGGACCAAGAACCAAGCCAGGUCUCGCCCUUCCUUCAGGGAGUGAGGUUUGCAGACCCUAGCUGCACCCCUUCACAGCAGAUAGACCUCCUAGAUGUCAAGGAUGAUUACUUCAAGCCUAGCCAUGUAAACCAUAAGGUAGAUAUCUCCGGAGAGAACUUCUUGCAGUACUGGGGGAAGCAAGUUGAAAAUUAUUCUCAGAAAGAUCAAGAAUUGCCGCUUGAGGGUCCUGUUGGCCAUAUCCUCAAAGAAUUUGAACAUGAGCACCGGAUUGAUGACUCCUUUAACUCCCAUAACAGUUUUGAAGGGAAGGAUGCCUUCUACAGUCCCAACACUGGAAGUCUUGAGGAAUUCUUUGACGAAGCUCCGAAGAAUUUCGAAGAUAUUAUUGAUGAAUGUAGUGAUGGUAACUGCCAUUUCAAUCAAUGCAUCGAGGAAGAUAAUACAGAGAAGGCAGAUCCAACCCUUGCUCAGAAGGAUAAGGGCUCUGCUGAAGAAAGCCACUGCAAUAUCUCUUCUCAAGCAAGAAAGAAAAGAGAUGUGAAGAUGUCUCGCAAAGCUAGAGAAGCAAAUAUCAACUUAACCAAAGAUUCAGGAAGAAAAUCCAUCUUGAAGAAGCAUCAAAGAAUUUCUUUAAAAACUACGAACAGAGAAGACCCAAGCCUGAUUAUAAAGAUCAGGUCUGGCAACAAAGUUCUGACGAAUGAGAAGGUUUGAAUCCGAGGAGUUGCUAAAGAUCAAGACCAAAGUUCAACAAAGAUCGAAGAAAAUAAAAUGAUGGCAUACAGAUCUUCCUGUUCCACUUCAACCAUCAGCAAUGAGAGAAGUGAAGGCAACAGUAAUAGCCAUAAAGAUGCCUCUGUGAGCUUCAUUGAGUUGGAGGAUAAUUCUAGAAUAUUCUGCAGAAGCAUUGGUCCUUUGAAGGCAAAUGAGAGAAAACAGAAAGUUCUCCAUUAUCUUGAGAAGAAGAGAUCUCGCAAGUGGCAUAAGAGGAUUAACUACAACACUAGAAAGCAAGUAGCAGACGUCCGUCCAAGAUAUAAGGGUAGAUUUGUCACCAACGAGCAAUAUGAAGAAUUCAAGCAGAUUGAGAGAAAGAAGACUGAAGAGAAGUUGAGACAGAAGAUUUUCAAAAUUGAGAGGGUUAGAAGAUAACUUAUCACUCCAGGAAGUUCCUAGUCUUCCUAUAUAUGUCUGAUAAAUAUUAAUAAAAUUAAU